AUGUUUGUCAUCGCUUUAGUUACCUUCCUUCUUUUGCCUGGAGGAUUUAUUCUGUAUUUACUCUACAAGAACUAUACACAAGACUAUAAAAAGUUUCUUGCUAUGCAAAUAACCAAUUGCAUGGAGAACACACUUGAAUGCCAAGAACCAAUUGAUUUAAAGUGCGUCAGUGGUAAGCUUCCCAUAUGGCUGAAUGGCAUCAUGUAUCGCAUUGGCCCUGGUAUAUUUAAUAUCAAGCAGAAUAAUGGAGCUACAUACAGUAUUCGUCAUGCAUUUGAUGGAUUGCCCGUAGUUCAUCGUAUUGUCAUCAAAGGUGAUACACAGCAAGUUACUUAUAAUUCUCGAUGCACUGCCAACUCUUUAAGAGAAAACAUCAAAGCAGGCUCUAGUAUAGGACUCGUCUUCUUUGGCCAUCUUCGCGAUAUGUCGUUCUUUGGUUGGAUAAAAAGCUUUCUUUCAAGAGUCGAUAACUACGUUCUUCGCCCUACACCAAGAAAUAGAAGCAAGCCUGAUGGACUCUCUGUUGGAGUGACGCCUACACCCAAUUUCCCACUACCUAUCCAUUGGGAUAAAGACGAUGCACUGUCUGAGAAAGUCUUGGUCGCAAAAACGGAUGCAAACGUACUUCAAAAGAUCCAUGCAGAAACACUUGUACCCGAGCGUAUCUUUAACUAUGGAGCCUACAACGCUGAAUUAGAUGGCAUAUUCUCUGCUGCUCAUCAUCAGCUGGACCCAGAAACAGGAGAGAUUUUCAAUUUUUCUAUGCAUCUUGCUCCUGCUCCUAGAAUCACUGUCUUCAAGACUUCAAAAGAUGGCAGCACGACUGUCCUGGCCAAUAUUACUCAUAGACGCGAUAGCAAGCAAACAGGGAUCGAUACGCCCUACAUACACUCUUUCUAUUUAACCAAGAAUUAUGUUAUCCUGCCUGAAUCACCACUUGUGUACAAGGACAAAGCAGUAAACAUGCUUCUUCAAGGAACUGCUGUCUCAUGUAUGAAAUGGCUCGAAAACACACCUACGUACUUUCACAUUAUCCGCCGAAACCUAGACUACCCUGAACAGAAUGGUCACAUCGCAUCGAUUCCUACUCCCGAAUUUUUCACUUUUCACACAGCCAAUGCAUUCGAAAGCAAAAAUCCUAACGGGGACACGAUUCUUCAUCUUGACUGUUCUGCUUUUGCUGAUGGUAAUAUCAUGUAUCAAGUACGUAAUUUUGGUGGCAUGCCUGUAAAAGACUCGGAAAAGGCAACGACCAAGCUCAAUGGUUUCACCUACCCUCCUCAGCAACAAGUCGAUUUUGGCGAUCUUGUAAGACAUACGAUUAACUUGCCCCAACAGAAGCUCAUCUCUGUAGACACAUUUGCUACCAAUGUUGAAUUCCCUCGAAUUCAUCAGGCAUACGCUAGCAAGCCUUAUGGUUUUGUCUAUGGCUGCCAAUUGGCCUCAGGAGAUGAUUCUACGAUUGCACUGGUCAAAGUAAACAUGAAUGAUGGCCCCAUACUCCGAUAUUGCGAAAGAGGUUACAGCUGCUCUGAGCCUAUCUUUGUGCCACACCCAAAUUCUGAUAAUGAAGAUGAUGGUGUCUUGAUCAGUUUGGCUAACCAUGCAAAGUGUUGUUACCUUGUUGUGAUCGAUGCUAAAGACAUGACAGAAAUAGCCAAGUUCGAAAUUGGUAAAUUUAAUCCAUUGACCUUUCAUGGCUCUUUUGUAGAUUAUCAUUUCAAAUCAAUUAAUUUGAGUUGA